CGCAUUGCCUACUAUCCUUUAUCCUGAACGACGACGACGACCACUGCCAGCACUCCCUACAGCAUCUGGCUUCUUCUUCCUCACUGUCGAUAUACCCGCCAUUGUUUUACAUCCAUAUAUCAUAGAUUUCUGCUCGAAUAAUGGAACAACAAGCCAAGGCGCCGCCAGAUCUAAAAAAAGUCGCCCAAUUUCUGCGAAGUGGAGGGGCGGGAAUGAAGGUUAGGGUCGGUGCAUUGAAUGGAAAGCGGGUAGAUUAUUUCAAAGGAAAGUCUGCAGUAAAGGCACUUCUUUCACCAGCGUACCAGAAGAAAAAGGGAAUGCCGCCGAUAACCAAUGAAGAGGAAGCCAAGACUGUCCUUCACGCCGUCAAUACUUUUGCUUUCUACCUUCGUGUCCAGCGCGGCGGACCGUCGGGUUCCUCAUCAUCAUCACCGAAAGUCCUACAAAUCAUCCAAGAGCAGCGAUUCGUGCCCGACGAGUAUUACGCGUGGUUCUAUGAUGGAUCACAGUGGACAACCUAUGCAGGAGGAGUGGCAAUGGUGGCGAUUAUGCUUGCCGGUGUCAUGUUCCCCUUGUGGCCGCCAACCAUGCGAUUGGGCGUUUGGUAUCUCAGUAUUGGGAUGCUCGGUCUCAUAGGCCUCUUUUUCGUCAUCGCCAUUCUACGACUUAUAUUCUAUAUCAUCACUGUCAUCGUCGCUAGUCCAGGUAUCUGGAUAUUUCCGAAACUGUUCGCGGACGUUGGAUUCGUUGAAUCGUUUAUACCUUUGUGGGAGUGGGACAUUCAAAAGAAGAAAUCUAAGAAGAAGAAGGGCGAGAAGGGCGACAAAGGGAAGGGCAAGGCCUCGACCAAUGGCAGCACUGCUGAGACGCCCGCCGAGACGUCCGAUGCUUCACCAACGCCUUCUAGUCGAAAAACAAGGAUCGAAGAGGUGGAGGAUGACGACGAUGCAUAGGUUACGGUUUCUUGACCUUUAUUUUUCGUUAAUUUUCUUCUGGAACGGAUGACAUCCUCAUUUUAUAUUCUUAUCAGCGUCAAGGAUCACAUAUGCUACCAAGUAAGAUGUUUUUGUAUGGUGCCGCGCCGAG